AUGUCGACACCCACACCUACAGCUCCUUUAGCCAUCGAUGCUGAGAUGGGAAAUUGGGACGCCUGGGAGGGGUUAUGGGCUGUUCAGGAGUUCAAUAGGCUGCACGACCUGAACAACUCUCAACCCUUGUUCCAAGACACCAGCACCAGUUCCAAUUUGAUGGAGUCUCAGGACCCGAUCGCUCCCCAGGAGCAAGAUCCCGACUCGCCGGUUGAGAGUUCCGAGGAUGAUACUCUUUGGGGUUCACCCCCAUCCCCCAACGUCAGUUCCAGCAUGUCCCUGGCUCUUCCUGUCCCCUCGGAGGCAUUUUCUCCUUUUAAACCCCCAGAAAUGAGUCACAACCCGUUCUCGACUCCUCCUGUCCCUGAGGGAAGCAUCAUAUUUCCUCAUGAUCAACCCACCAUGGGUAGUUUCGCGGACAUGCUAUCCGAUUCCGGCGACUGGAAUCUGUUUGGUGAUACGAGCAACAACGACUUUCAGCUCGAAGGCAUUCCAGAAGAGAAAGUGACUGGCCCUACCCCUGCCAUUGAGUCCUCCCCUGUGGUUACUGAGAGCAACACAGAGCCCCAGUCCCAGGUUUCUCAAUUUGAUUCCAAUUUGGUCGCGAAUGAUGCCCUCGAGAGUGUGCUUCCUGAGCUCAAGGAGGCAUCCAAGACCAAGAAAUCCCGGAGCAGCUCAACUGCCGCCAAAGGGAAGCCAAAGCGGAGCCCUACCAAGGGUGUCGGCAAACGGCCAAAGCGCCUUUCUGGACACAAGUUAGCACAAGAACAGGACAAAGAAGGAUAUCGAAGGUUAGCGCAGAUGAGGGCUGAGCAAUAUCUCGCUAAUCACAUGGCUCAAACUCCUCCAUUUGGCGGAGCUCCUGUCCAGUCUGGUGGCCGGAAUCCAGUCCAGAAUCCAGCCCAGAAUCCAGCCCAGAAUCCAGCCCAGAAUCCAGCCCAGAAUCCAGCCCAGAAUCUUUAUACUCAGGAUGUUUUCCUUGAUCAAGCUGCUGUUCAGCUCCCCAAUCAAUCUCUCGAUCUGGAGCUUUUCGGUCAAUCUCUCCCAGAGGCUCAGCAUCCUUUGGCUGUCACUUCGCGAAACAUUCCGAUGCCGCAGCACCCGUACCAAUACUAUCAAAAUUGGUACCGUCGGUUUUAA